UUGGGAUGCGAAAAGAAUUGACGUGUUUAUUUCUUCGGCUCGUUGUUUAGCCGAUUACUUGUGCGAUCUCAAUUAGAAAAAAUAAUACGUGUUUUUAUAGUUUUUAAAUUAAGUAGCAUAAAAUCAACCCACGAUGUUGCACAUAUAUUUCUUGGGUAUUUUACUAUGUGUGGGGUCGGGUUUCGCCUUGUACGACUCGAGUUCCAGUGUCGUGGAUCUGACACCAAAUAAUUUCGACAAACUAGUCACGGAUAGUAAUGAAGUGUGGUUGGUCGAGUUCUACGCUCCGUGGUGCGGCCACUGUAAGAACCUAGUUCCAGAAUACAAGAAAACUGCCGAUGCAUUGAAGGGCAUGGUCAAAGUAGGAGCAAUGGAUGCCGACCAGCACAGAAGCUUUGCCAAAAAGUAUGGAGUCACUGGGUUCCCUACCAUUAAGAUCUUCACCGGCAGCCAGCACACUCCUUACAAAGGUUCAAGGACCGCAUCAGCUAUGGUAGAUGCCUGUCUCGAAGCCCUGAAGAACAAGGCAUAUGGCCGUCUUGGUACCAGACCUGAACGCUCAUCAGAAAAGUCGGACUCUGACGUGAUCACCCUGACGGACGAGAACUUCCAAAAGCUGGUGCUGAACAGCGAAGACCUCUGGCUGGUGGAGUUCUACGCGCCCUGGUGCGGGCACUGCAAGAACUUGGAGCCCCACUGGGCUAAGGCUGCUUCUGAACUUAAGGGCAAGGUGAAACUCGGAGCCCUAGAUGCCACAGUACACCAAGCAAUGGCUUCCCGCUUCCAAGUGCAAGGGUACCCGACCAUCAAGUUGUUCCCUUCAGGCAAAAAGACCGCGGAUUCCGCUGAAGACUACAACGGCGGCAGGACUGCUAGCGACAUUGUCGCUUAUGCCCUUGAAAAGCUCGCUGAAAAUGUGCCCGCCCCUGAGAUUGUGCAGGUCAUAGACGAGGCGACAAUGCAGGCUUGCAGCGAGAAGCCGCUUUGCGUGGUGUCCAUCCUGCCGCACAUCCUGGACUGCAACGCCGCUUGCCGCAACGAGUACCUCGCCAUACUCGCCAGGCUCGGCGACAAGUACAAGAGCAAGAUGUGGGGAUGGGUGUGGGCGGAGGCUGGCGCACAACCAGCUUUGGAGGAAGCGCUGGAGCUGGGCGGCUUCGGCUACCCCGCCAUGGCUGUCGUCAACGCUAAGAAACUCAAGUUCUCCACCCUCAGGGGAUCUUUCUCCGAGACUGGCAUUAACGAGUUCCUUAGGGAUCUAUCAUUCGGUCGCGGCCAGACUGCCCCGGUUAAAGGCGCAGAGAUGCCUAAGAUCGUGACCACCGAGCCCUGGGACGGCAAAGACGGUGAACUGCCACAAGAAGAGGACAUUGACCUCUCAGACGUAGAUCUUGAGAAGGACGAGUUAUAAGUGCAGCGGCCAUGUUGCUAAAUCCUGGACUUUAUACCCAACGGUUGCUUAAAAACAAGUUUGCUUCCGUCAACAGAAAAUCAUAUCAGUAACAAUCUCUGAUUUUAAAAAGUGAUACAAGUUCAAGCAUUUAUCUGUUAGGUAACUAUUUAUUUUCACCAGUGAGCUAGUAACUUUGUACCUUUUACCUAAAUGUGGUUUAGAUUAAAUAAUGCAGUUUUAAGAUUUGAAGGAGAUCCUUGAUUCCAUCACAUGUUAUGAAUUUUAUUUUCUGAAACAUUUUUUCAAGUGUUUGAUAAUCACAAUUUAGUACCAGUUAAAUAUUUCGUGCUUAAGCUCGGCGAGAGCGAGUGGUACAACGACUGAUGUUUUAGAAUCAUUGUAAUUUGUAUGUAUAUCCUUCAUAGUCAUAACAAUUGGUAACACAAACUGAUACUUAAUUUUAGUUGAAUUAGACAUUAAUUGGAGUGUAAAUUAGCUAAACGCCAUUCUUCCAAUACUAUGUUUAAUUUUGGUAAGCAUUUAUUGUUGUGAGGAGAUUUGGAUAAUUUUAUGAAUUGAUAAAUCGCUAAUAAAUUUUUAAUAUAA